AGCCCUAGUUCACGUUGGUUCUCCACACGCCCGAGAAAAAUCACCAACUUCACCCCCACUCGAUCUCACUGGUCGCUUUCUCUUCUCUCGUCCCGCAAGUAUUCCUCCAAUCUCCGUCGAUCACCACCACCAUGUCGUGGCUCCUCCGAUCCACCAAGUCUAAGCUCCUCUCUUCCUCUUCCUCUUCCUCUUCUUCUCUUUCUAGAACCUUCCCCUCUCUCCCUCGCCCUCAGAUCGGAGCCAUCUCUCCCCUCCCCGAUCUCUUCCACCGCAACACCGCCACCAUGCCUUUCGCUAAGGAAAACGCUUCCGGUGGAAACUUGACUGGUCUUCCCAAAGUUCCCGCGAAUAAGCUUGGCAGUGAUUCUGAUGCGACCAAUUCUCCGAGGUACAAAGCUUCUGGACUGAACACCAAUGUGCUGGCUGGAGCUAGAUAUGUCUCUAGAGUUUGGGCUGCACAGGGUCAAAUGCCAUUGGGAGUCAAUACUGUGAUGGCUAGAAGUUUUGAGAGAAGUAUGGAAGCUGGCACAUUGGGAAUGAUUGGUCAUAAACGUUUUAUGAGUGACAUCCCAAGUAAAACCAGUGAGACAAACCCAUCUGGUUUUCGUCCGUUAUCUCCUCAUCUUCCUCUUUAUCAGCCCCAACUUUCUUCGACCCUCUCAAUUUUCAAUAGAAUUGCUGGAGCUUUCCUAGCUGGUGUCAUUUUGGUUUUUUAUAUGAUCUAUAUGAAGUUGGGUUUGGUUAGCCUCACCUAUGACUCUUUCUACCAGUUCAUAUUUUAUUCAUCGAAACUCAACCUACUUGUCAUGGAGAUUUCUGCCUUAGCCGUGUCCUAUCAUCUGUAUAGUGCAAUUCGUCAUUUAUUCUUAUGAUUUGAAUCAGCAACUGACGCCUGAACUUUACGUUUGAACCUGAGGUGGAACUUUGCAUAAUUCGACCUUGGAGGCAUACUUCCAUAUGUCUGUCAGUCAUAAGGAACUUCAUUUAGAAAUGUGAUUUUGCUUAAUUGUAGUUAUGUAUUAUCGGCUUAAUAAUUACAAUUGUGGCACAACUUAAGGAGUAUUUUGCACCUGACAUUCGGUCAUGCUUUUUUGCUGCCCUCUCAAAUUGCAUGCAAGUAACUGUUGCAUUUAAUAAAUGCAUUUGAGUUUUGGUGACUCUUAA